AUGUACAUGGUUCCACUUCAAGGAGGCAACACGAAAGGGAACGUUGCUCCCGCCAACCGGUCAAACCAUGGAGGUGGGGGAAACAAGUGUCCCUGGUCCUACGAUGGAAAGAACGGACCCAAACCGGACCGUUGGGGCGAUCUGGUGUUCUGCAUGCCAGGUGCCGUGUGCGACACCGGCUUCUCCCAGUCGCCCAUCGAGAUACCUGCGGGUCUGGAGGACGAGGAGGGCGACUUCGUGUUGGACUACUACGACAGGCACUUCAAGAAGUUCGACGUCAACGUGGAGGGCAGCGCGGUCAUGGUUGUCAUCAAGGAACCAGGCCCGGUUCCGACCGUGGAAGGCGAGAGUGUGCUCGGCGAAGGCAAAUUCGUGCUCCAGCAGUUCCACUUCCACAUCGGCUCGAACGAUAACCAGGGAGCCGAGCACAAGAUCGACGCAGCCGGGCGCAACUUUCCCAUGGAGGUCCACUUUGUCCACGCCAGGGAAGGUAAAGGAAGCAUCGCCGAGGCCCUCGCUGAGCCCGGCAAUGUGCUCGUCAUGGCUGUCCUAUUCCAGGUUGAAGAAAAACCGGCGGAUAAUAAAGCGGACGUCGCGCUCAUGGCCAUCAUCGACAAGAUCGGCGUCUCCACCGAUGCCGUUAAGGCGUUGAACCUCGAAGACUUCGUGGGCCCAAUCACAACUUACUACCACUACAACGGCUCCCUGACGACACCGCCCUGCACCGAAGGUGUCAAGUGGAUCGUUCUGGACUCGCAUCCUUCGGUGAAAAGCAAGACGCUUCAGCUGCUACGCGACAAGUCUUCACACGUGCGUAAGGACAACUUCCGUCCGUACAGGAGUCCCCAGAACCGUCGAGUCAAAAAGUACACGGCGAUCUAAUUGAAAU